UCCUGCAGAGAGCAUGCGAAGAUGGAGAAAAGUCGUUAGUUCGAGAGCCACAGUUCCCCCCCUCUUUGGCAGCAAGAACCGGUUAUUGCCAUGGCUGAAUGCAGAGGGGAGGUUGUGUAUCAGAACCAGGGAGCCAGGAUCACAGACUGUGCGGCCUUCGAUGACCAGGCCCUGAUCCAUUCCUACGACCAGGCUGUCCUCUCCUUUAAGGAGACCCUUGGAAGGAGCAAGAGCCUUGCAGAAUGCAGAUCAAGCAAUGAAAGUGAAUCAGAUGUGGAAGAAGAAGAAGAAGAAGAAGAAGAAGAAGAAGAAGAAGAAGAAGAGAAUGAGGAGGAGGAAGGCAGGCAGUGGCAGAUUGGAGACGCCUGCCUUGCGGUGUGGUCAGGGGAUGGGCUUCUGUACCCAGCUCGCAUCACCAGCGUGGACCAUGGGUGCUGUAUGGUACAUUUUGAUGGCUAUGGAAAUGAGGAGGAGCAACCACUGGCUGCACUGCUGCCCCCUGGCUGGAGACCCCCCAAAGCCGAGGAGGCAACAAAGGAGUGGGCUGUUGGGGAUGCCUGCCGAGCUGUCUGGUCAGGAGACGGCCUGCUAUAUCCGGCCACCAUUCGGGAGGUGGACGCUGAGGCUGGCACUUGCUGUGUGGAGUUUGAUCACUAUGGCAACCAGGAGCAGCAGGAGUUGGCCGACCUUCUGCUCCCAGAGGAAUGCAGGGAGGAAUCGACUGCCACGUUGCGAUUUCAAGAGAGGAGAAGCAGUGAGGAAAACGGCCGGGCAAACUCUAGCACCCCCCAGCCACCAAAAGAUGAAAAACCCCCCUUGGUGCCUCCUCCGCACGGCCAUGAUGACAAAGACUCUCUUAUCUGUAUGCUCCUGGCUUGGCAUUUGAGUGGCUACCAUACCGGCUACUACAUGGGCCUUAGACAAGGGCGGAAGGAGGUGGCCAUUUCUGCUCCGAAGAAGAGACCUCCUCAGCACCCACAGACCUUUCUCCUUUCUGUUUCAAUCUCCUCUCCUGGUGUGAAUUCCAGCCAUGACAGAAACCUAGCCUCUGUUUGGAGCAUCUGCACUUGGGACAUGGUGAAAGUUAGCCUUGAAACUUGAACGUGAGACCAGUGAAGGAUCCCCGUUGCGGUCCCCGUCUGUACCGGAUGCUUGUCACUUUUUUCUCCAUCCAGAGGUGGAUUUUUUUGUAACUCUUACUUUUACCCCCCAAAUAAAAACUCUUGUCUGAU